AUGGACUGGAAUGAGCUACAGAACCGGGUUCUCUCCCAAGAAAGGGACUUGAUGAGCGCUUAUCGCGACGCCCAGGCUGCCAGGGUCAUGGAGGUGCACAAGGCCCAGGACCUGCACAUGGCUCGGGUCACUCGUCAGGCCGAUCACCUGCUGUCUCGACAACAUGCUCGAGCCAACGCAGUGAUGCACAGGAGUGAGAGAUCUGUAGACAGCUGCAUCUCAGAGCAGUCCAGAUCCUCCCCAUGGACACCUCCCUUCGCCCCUCCACCAUUACCAACAUCAAGGUAA